AUGGACGGCCUCCAGAAGCAGCUCGAGCGCGCCAUGGCCUCGCAGAACUACGGCGAGGCGCUCGUCGCCGUCGACGCGCUGAAGCGGGCCCUCGAGUGCGCCGAGUCGGAGGCCUCGGCGUCCGAGGCCCUCGACGACUCGGAGGCGUUGGGCCCGUCGACGAGCGACGGCGCGUCGGAGACGGAGGGCGACGGCCGGUCCGGCCGGCGCGCGCGGCUCCGGCCCGUGGCGUCGCUCGUCGUGUCGCCCGUCGCGGCGCCGCGCGAGCGGCGGCCGCGGCUCCCGAGCGAGGAGGUCGUCGAGGAGCGGUCCCUCGUCGUGUCGCCGGGCAAGGCGAGCUCGGGCCCCGCGCGCGCGACGCCCUUCGCGCGGGCCUGCGCCCUGCUCUGUCUGAGAAUCGCGCGGCGCGUGGAGCGCGGCGACCGCGCGCGGUGCCGGCGGCUCCUCGAUCGCUGCGUCGCGCUCGCGGACGCGCGGAGCGACGCGGCCGUCGUCGCCGAGGCGCACCUCCUCGUGGCGCUGAGCCACGAGCCCGUCGACGCGCGCCUCGACGCGGCGCUCGCGACCUUCGGCGGCGACGCGCUCGGCGCGCGCGCGGCGCCGCCGUGGCGCGCGUCCGCGCCCCGCGGCGGCGGCGGCGGUUCGCCCGCGCGCGACGCGCCGGCGCCCUGCGGCGACCUCGAGGACGCUUUGAAGAGCGCGGCGACGCGGUCGGCCCUGGGCCUCGCGGCGCUCCAGCGCGCGGAGCGCCGCGCGGCGCCGCGGCGGGGCCGGGACUCCGACGACACGCCGUCGAGCGCGCGGGGCGCCUCCAAGAAACGCGACUCCGGCGCCGUCGGCGCGCGGCUCCGGCGCGCGGGCGCGGACGCGCGCCUCGGCCUCGCGGCCCUCGCCUUUUCGCGCCGGCGGCCGGCCCUCGCGCUCCGCCACCUGGCCUUGGCCUACGCCGCGGACCCCGCGGCCGCCGCGGCCCCGGCCUUCAAGCUGCGCCUCGCGCUCGUCUACGCGCUCCUGGCGGCCCGCGUCGACGCGGCGAGUCUCGACGACCACCGCGGCGACCUCGGCGACCGGCCGCCGAAGCCGCGGCGCUUCUCGGGGUCGCCGCCGCCCGCGCCGGCGCCCGUGCCGGCGCCCGACGGCAGCGACGACGACGCGCCCGCGCCGCGGCCGCCGAAGCCCGGGCCGCUUCCCGCCAAGAUCCUGCGCGAGUUCCCCGUGGAGUGCUCGCCGGACGUCGAGGUCAACCUGUCGCGCGGCAUCAAGGCGCUCAUCUCCGCGCUCAGAGGCGGCGAGGCGCCCGCGCCCGCGCCCGCGGCCGACCGGCCGCGGCGGCGCCGCAAGGACGCGCCGGCGGACGGCAACGACCUGCGCGCCUGCGCGGCGGCGCUCGUCGCGCUCUACACGGCGCUCGGCGAGCACUACCUCGCCGUCGACCGCCUGACCAAGGCCGCGCGGCACUGGAGUCAGGGCGUCGAGCUCUUUAGAGGCCUCGGCGACGCGCGGUCCGCGGCCUGGCUCCGCGCGCGCCUCGCCUGGGCCCAGCUCAAGCUCCAGGACCGCGAGGGCGGCGCGCCGACGGCCGCGAAGCGCUACGCGAAGACGAAGGCCGCGCUGGCGGCGCUCGAGGCCGCGCUCGCGGACGUCGCCGACGAGCCCGAGUCCGGCGGCGGCGCCGGCGUCCUUCUCCCGGGCGUCGACACGUUGGGCGUCCUCGAGGCGCUCGCCGUGGCGCGGGCCGACGUCGCGCGCGAGGGCGUGCGCCUCGCGGCGGCCGCGCCGACGCCCGCGGACGCCGAGGCCGCGCUGCUCGCGGCCGCGGCCGCGGCCGAGGCCGCGGGCGCGGACGCCGUCGUCGCCGACGCGCGCUACCGCUGCGCGGCGCUCGCGGCGCGCCGCGACGGCGGGGCGACCGUGCCCGCGGACGCCGUCGCGCACUUCCGCGCGGCCGUCGCGGCGGCGGAGCGCGCGGCCUCGACGGGCGACGCGCGCGCGAACGCGCUCGAGGCGCUGUCCAUGCGCGUCGACCUGGCCACCGUGCUGUUGCGGGACCCGGACGACGCGGGCCGCCGCGCCCUCGACGUCGUGCUCGGCGCCGCGGACGCGCUGGAGAUCGCCGCGCGCGCGGCCGGCGGCGACGAGGCGGGCUGCGGCCCCGUCGUCUGCCGCGCGCUCCUCGACAAGCUCCAGACCGUGCUCAAGCUCCAGGUCCAGAAGGCGAGCCUCGACCAGAUCCUCGCGCCGCCGCCGGACCCGGCCCACCUCGCCGCGUGGAAGGCCGCCUACGCGGCCGCGCUCCGCAUGGGCGCGGACUUCGACGACGACGCGCCGCGGCUCCUCGCCCUGCUCCGGCGCACGCGCGACGAGGCGCCGACGCUCGCGCAGGACCUCGCCUAA